AUUCCCUGGUUCCUCCAUGAACCCAAGGAAGAAGGUAGAUUUGAAGCUCAUCAUUAUUGGAGCCUUAGGAGUGGGAAAGACCUCCCUCCUGAAUCAAUAUGUACACAAGACUUUCUAUGAGGAUUAUCAGACCACGCUGGGGGCCAGCAUCCUCUCCAAAAUCAUCAUGGUAGACAACACAACCUUGAAGUUACAGAUAUGGGACACAGGAGGUCAAGAGCGGUUCCGGUCCAUGGUAUCCACCUUCUACAAGGGCUCAGAUGGAUGCAUCUUGGCUUUUGAUGUCACUGACCGAGACUCCUUCCACGCCCUGGACACCUGGAGAGGGGACAUUCUCCAGAAGACACUGCAAACAGAGCAAGUCUUCCCCAUCGUGGUGCUGGGGAACAAGAUUGACCUGGAUGCCCGGGAGGUGUCCCAGGAGAAAGCCCUAGACUGGUGCAAAGAGAAGGACAUACCUUACUUUGAAGUCAGUGCAAAGAACAACAUCAACGUGGAACAAGCAUUUGAAUUACUGGCCAGACAGGCACUGAUUCGACAUCGAGGGAUUUUCGAGAAUUAUUUGACUGAUUCUAUCAAGCUUUCACCAUUGGGAGAGCCAAGGAAUAAAUGCUGCUGA